CAAUUAUGGAGGAAGGAAACCAGCGGCCCAAGCCCAGGGGAAUGGGGGCAAAGUUAAUAGAGGGAGCUGAAGAGAGGUUGGUUGUUGAUUGACCUCCGAAUCAGAAUCGCGUUGGCAAAAAUGGCAGAUGAGGCAGAGGUAGAGUUCGUGUACAGGAUUAGUACGGGUGAAGAAUGGGAAGAGUUGCAGAGAAACGGCUCUACUUUCGGUGGCCAACUCGAUAAGACAAGCGGUUUCAUCCAUCUUAGCCACCUCCAUCAGGUACAAUCCACAUUGCAGAACUUCUUUCUCAACUCUAAGCAUGACCUUUACCUGCUUCAAAUCGAAUCUAAAAAGCUUGGUAAUGGAUUGGUAUAUGAAGUUGUUCAUGGAGCUUCCGGUGCCAGUAGAUUUCCUCAUUUUUAUGGACCGUCUCGUAGUUUCGGUCCUCUCUCUUUAGAAGCUGUUACAAAAGCAGAGAAGCUGUCUCUAUCAGGUGGCCGGUUCAGUUGUAGUAUGCUGGACUAAGCUUCUGAUUGCCUUUUUAGUAGAUUUUCUUUCAUUUUAGCUUUGUUUUGUUGUACCGUGGGGAAGGAAAGAUAUUCCUUGUUAACUUGUUAGACUACUACCUUGGAAAGAGAAAUAAUGCUGUAUUAACUUGUUA